AUGUCCACUAUAGCUUCGCCGCGCGCGAGCUCCUCUAUACGUAGCCCCUCGUCCACACGCAACUCAUUCGAUAGCUCCACGCGACCACCGCUGAAUGCGCGCCGUAACCGGGCAGCGCUCCGAGACUACUAUGGUAUUAAGAAUGCUCAGAAAGAGGUAGAUGCCAAGAUUUCAGAGGAGUCGACCAGGACAGGGCUAGGCCCUGAAGAAGACGAGACACUGACAGAACUGGAUGCCGCCGACUUCGAUGCUGAGGCCUUCGUAGACGGUCUACUCGCAAAAGAGGGCUUGAAGGGCGUGUUGAAGGUCGAAGCUGAUCUUAUAUCACAAAUCAGGAACCUCGACAGCGAUAGAAAGUCCCUCGUCUAUGACAACUACUCGAAGCUGCUAUCUGCAACAAGUACUAUCCGUCGAAUGCGCGGUAACAUGGACCCCUUGGCACCAACUACCCACACACUCGGGCCUGCAAUAGCGCAUAUCGCCGAGACCGCUGCCUCGCUCUCUUCCUCCAUGCAAAGUCUCCAGAGUAAGCCUGACGGAUUAGGCAUCGAUAUACACAUACAGGGCGAGCCAGACGAGGAGGAACAAGCUGUUAGGAAGAAGAAGCAGCAGCAGCAGGAGACUGUCAGAUGGGUGUUGGGCACACCAAGACGCCUGCGUGAUUUGAUAGACCAAGAGCAGGAGGAAGAGGCUGCAAAGGAAUGGGAGGACGUGAGCAAGAUUCUUGACAAGUGGAAGGGUGUUGCUGGUGUCGAAGACCUCCGAGCAGCUUGCGAGAGCAUCUUGAACGAGGAUGCAGAGUCCGACUGA